CCAACGCUCGAUAUCCCGUCAACUGUGUCAGGAUGAAGCAACGAUUUAAUGCCUUGGACAUUCGGGCCACCGUGAUCAAUCUGCGAGCUAGACUCAUUGGUGUCCGUCUGCAAAACAUUUAUGAUGUCAAUGCCAAGACGUUUCUCUUCAAGUUUGCAAAGCCCGACGAUAAAGAACUUGUUUUGAUCGAAUCCGGCACACGCAUUCACACCACUCAAUUUAGCCGAGAAAAGUCGUCCAUGCCGUCCAUGUUUUGUGCAAAGCUUCGUAAACAUCUUCGUACGCGACGCUUGACCAAUGUACGUCAACUGGGUGUCGAUCGUAUCGUUGAUUUUGAAUUUGCCGGUGGCGAGAAAACCAUGGGUUAUCACGUCAUUGCCGAGUUUUAUGCUUCUGGUAAUAUUAUCCUGACGGAUCAAGAUUACCGUAUCUUGGCAUUGUUGCGUGUUGUACAGGGCAACGAAAACAUAAAGAUGGCUGUGGGAGAAAUUUACAGCACGCAAUCGGUAUUGCGUGAGUUCUCCAAAGUGGAAAUGCACCAUUUGCAGUCGGCUUUGGCCAAGGCAGGCCCAAAGGAUACGCUUAAAAAAGUACUUAAUAUCGCAUUCGAUUACGGUCCAGCAAUGAUUGAACAUAUUAUUUUGGAAGCCAAUCUUAAUCCGAAUAUGAAAGUAGCUACAGAGUUCGAUACAUCCGACAAUUCGCCAAUGUUGCAAGCUCUGAAGGAUGCUUUUGACAAGGGAGAUCAAAUGGUGGAAGCCACUGGAAGCGCUGUUCCAAAGGGAUACAUUGUCUUGUUUGGCGAUAAAAAGGAGCCAGUGGAAGGUGAAGAAGAAGCCAUGGAAAUCUACGACGAGUUCCAUCCCUAUUUGUAUAAACAACAUGCAUCCAGGGCGUAUAAGGAAUUUCCUACCUUUGAUGCCGCAGUAGAUCAGUUCUUUUCGGCUAUUGAAGCUCAGAAGCUCGAAUUAAAAGCACGCCAACAGGAAGAAGCCGCUUUGAAGAAACUUGAAUCUGUCCGCAAGGAGCAAGAAAGCCGUGUGGAAGGACUUCUUCAACAGCAAAUGACAAAUACGCGGAAAGCUCAAUUAAUCGAGCUGAAUCUUCCAAUGGUGGAUGCCGCCAUUACCAUCAUCCGAAAUGCGGUAGCCAGUCAAAUGGACUGGAAGGAUCUUGAAGGACUGGUCAAGAACGAAAAGAAGCACGGUAAUCCUAUCGCCUUGAUCAUCGAUUCCUUGAAAUUAAAGACAAAUCAAAUCACUCUUAUGCUAACGGAUCCUGAAGCACUGGAGGAUGAAGAGAGCGAUGAGGACGAGAGUGAUGAGGAAGAAGACGAUGACGACGGAGAUACAAGUCGUUCCACGAAGAAAGAACCAGAAGUGUACCUUGUAGAUGUCGAGCUUUCACUCACGGCUUUCGCCAAUGCUCGCAAGUAUUACGAACAAAAGAAAACGACCGCAUCCAAGCAUGAUAAAACCAUUGCUGCAUCCUCCAAGGCUUUGAAAUCGGCGGAACGCAAAAUUCGACAAGAUUUGAAAGAGACGAAAAUUACGGCCAGUAUCAACAAGAUCCGUAAACCGUUUUGGUUUGAAAAGUUUUUGUGGUUCAUUUCCACCGAAGGUCACCUUGUGAUUGCAGGCCGUGAUAUGCAGCAGAAUGAAAUAAUUGUCAAACGUUAUCUUGCCAAAGAUGACGUCUAUGUCCAUGCUGAUCUCCAUGGCGCGGCCUCUGUUGUGGUAAAGAAUAAACCGCAAGCUGUCGGUCAGCCUAUUCCCCCAAGUACGCUUUUCCAAGCCGGUGUUAUGUCCGUGUGUCAAAGUAAAGCUUGGGAUGCCAAAAUCGUUACCAGCGCCUAUUGGGUGUACCCGGAUCAGGUCUCCAAAUCUGCGCCAACGGGAGAGUAUUUGACGACGGGUAGCUUUAUGAUUCGUGGCAAAAAGAAUUUCUUGCCUCCUGUUCAAUUGGUAUAUGGAUUUGGCUAUCUAUUCAAGCUCGAUGAGUCUUCGGUUGGCAACCAUAUCAGCGAGCAGAAACGCUUGGAACAAUCGGAUUCGCCCGCCAAUGAACCAGUGACAUCAUCGUCUCCAUCCGCUGUCGAAUCUGAAUCAGGAAUGGCUACGCCCGGAUCCGUCACUGAGGAAACCACCACCUCCCCAUCGGAAUCGAGCCCUGGUACGCCAUUGCCAGAAGAAAGCAAGCCGGUCGCUGACGACGCCUCCGGAGAACGUGCUAAGUCCGUCGGAGCUGCAGAUGAACAUGAUACCGAAAGCAGUGAGGAAUCAGACAGCAGCGACGAUGAAAACGCAUUCCCAGACACCCAACUGGCCUCUGGGUUACCGCAAAGCACGACUGAAACACCAGAAGCGGCCUCCGAGGCAUGGAAUAAGUAUGACCUCGAAGAGUACGGCGAAGAUAAAUCAUUGCCCGCGUUUGCUCAACCCCAACCUUCCUCUACGGCCUCACCGAACAAGCGAUUUAUGUCGGCCAAGGAGCGUCGUCAGUUGAAAAAGGGACAAAAGCCUACUGAUGGGUCACCGGAUACUGGUUCCUCCAAACCCGAACAGCAGAAAACCACCACCAACAACAAGCCGAAGGAUAAGACAACAAAGCAGGCCCCACCCCCACCCACGCGUGGCCGUCGAUCCAAGGCCAAAAAGAUUAAAGAAAAAUAUGCAGAUCAGGAUGAAGAAGAACGGCAACUUCGUAUGGAAAUUCUUGGCUCUAACAAGGGACCACAACCCAAGGGCAAGAAGGCAAAAAAGGAAGCCAAAGCCAAAGCCGAAGCUGAGCGAUUAGCCAAGACCAAGAAGGAGCAAGAACAAAAAGCGCAAGAUGAACGCGAACGGGAGAAGGCCACGGGAGAGCAAGCAGUGGAUACGGAUCAGCCACAGAACCCCGAAGCAGUAGGGGAAGAAAAAGACACGGAGAUGAUCCGACAGUUGCUCAAGGAAGAAAAUAUUACCAUGCUGGAAGCUGACGAAAUUGCCAACUUGUCUGUACUGGAUUCCUUGACCGCGAACCCUUUGCCUGAAGAUAUAAUACAUUUUGCUAUCCCCGUCUGCGCACCGUAUCAAGCACUGCAAAAAUAUAAAUACAAGGUGAAAUUAACUCCGGGAUCGCUCAAACGUGGCAAAGCCAUCAAGCAAGCACAGUCUGUGUUUAUGAAUGCACAAGAAGCGACUAAUCGAGAAAAAGAACUCAUGAAGGGCGUGCCCGACAUGGAGGCCAUCAAUACCAUGAUGAGCAAGGUCAAAGUUUCUGCUCCCAACUUGGAAAUGAACAAACGCAAGAAGGGCAAAAAAUAGAUUACAUUUAGAAAUCCGACUAUUUUCCACAGUUUUUUGUGUGUAUAUCAUCAAAAAUAACAUUCUUAUUUAUCAUUA